AUGAAGCUGUUGAAUAUUGUGACAAUACAUAAGAAAACGGUCACAACUCUAACGAUUUGUAAUUUAAAAACUAAUUACUUCUCAACCUCAAAAGAUAAUUCAAUAAUAAUUUCAGCAUUUGUACUUGCUUCAUCCUCAAAGUAUAUAUAAAAAUUAUAAGAACAUAAAAAAUAAAUCAAUUGCUUAACAUUAGAUCCUUAUCACCAAAUUUUAUUUGUGUCUGGUUGUGAUGGCAGGGCAAUCAUUUUUUGGAAUUUCAAUAAUAAUCAAUGGGAAAAGUAAUAAAUAAUUUAAGAUUAUUAAAAUUCCUAUCUUGGGGAUAUUUACGGUUUAUCAAUUAAUCCAUAACGAGAUGAUAUAAUUGCUUGUACUCCUCGUAGAUAGAUAAUUGUGAUGAGAAAAUUGAAUGCUGAUUCUUUUUGGGAAAUAAAAUAAAUUAUCAAGGAUGGGUUCGGAUAUCGUAUAGGAUUUAUUACUUGUGAUAUCUUUGCUUUUUAGUUAAGGUCAUCAUCAGAAUUGCUAAUUUAUAAGCGAUAAUAAGAUGACAAAUUCUAAAUGCUACUGAAAAUAUCAUUAAUAUCAAUUUUAAUUGAUUGA